AUGCGCCUCCAACACGAGUGGGUCAGAUUUUGCUCCGUUAUAGUAGACAAGGCAUGGUUCUCGGCAACUACGACUAUUCUCACCUUAUACGCCUUGUUUGGUGAUGACAUUCGUAUGGCGUGUUUCGACCAAGAUGCUGAUUCAACCUUCAACGCGAUAACAAUCGCUUGUCUAGUGGUAUUUGGCAUCGAGAUAAUACUACAGUCCUUCGGCAAGCAGACUACUUUGGGGGAUCUUCUUCCUCUUGGACGUCUUGCCACAGGAUCACUUGUGCUGGAUCUCACCUACGUAGCUGAGGAUCUCUUCGGUGACGACUCGGGAACCGCCGGACAAGGUGAUGCCGCGAGGGCCGGUCGAAUGUCCAGAGCGGGCACUCGGGCCGGCAGAAUCGUUCGAAUCAUCCGCCUUAUUCGUCUUAUUCGAAUUGCGAAGAUGUACAAGGCCUUCGUGGAUGCUCAGCAAAGAGAAGCACGUGUGAAGAAUAGACAAAAACAGGAAGAGCUCGCUUUAGAAUAUGUGGAGGAAGAAGAGGAGGAAGAGGAGGAAGAGGAGGAAGAGGAGGGAGAAAGUUUCACCUCGGACGACCAAUCGGAAAUAUCCGAAGAUUUCCUGGACGACGAUCUUGACUUGAUCAGCGGUGUAGAUGAGGAAAUUGUCGAGCCGGAGUCGCGAGUUGGAAAGAAGCUGACCGAGAAGACAACACAAAAGCUCAUCAUCCUGAUCCUCCUCAUGCUGUUCAUGAUACCAGUGUUCACCAUCACGAACAUUGUACCUAAUUCGGCGCAGUAUGGAGUGGAUUCAUUAUACACCUCUUAUAUAGAAUACGUCCACGAAUGCCUCACUAGUGGCCAGCACAGCAUCGACACCCUCGCACGGCGCUCCUCAUAUACUGAUAAGCUCCUGCACUUCCUCUACGCUCACAACGGGGACACUAGGGACAGCGAUUGUAACGCUGCUCGUGCUCGCUAA